AUGUCGGACCUGGACGAUACCGAGAUGCCAGACGAGCAGCCCGAUAACGAGGAGCACAUGAUGUACGGUCAUGGCCUAAUGACCGAACAAGAGCUCAACGAGAAAUAUCCUAAUCGACCGCACAAUCACUCCAAGACAUUGCCCUUCCACGACCUCUACCUGACUCUGUUCAAUCCUCUCAACGAGAACAAAAAGAAACCCACUGGACCGGUCGUGGCUCGCAAGAAAAUCGGUCCGCAUGGCGCUCACACUUCUGUCCAAGAUGCUCGGAGGGCCAUCAUCGAGCGCUUCAUCUCUCGGUGGCGAAAGGAGGUCGGCAACGAUAUAUAUCCUGCCUUUCGCCUCAUCGUGCCCGAGAAAGAUCGAGAUCGAGGCAUGUAUGGUCUCAAGGAGAUGACUCUUGGCAAGUUGCUCGUACGUGUCAUGAAGAUUGACAAGAACAGCGAGGACGGCUACAAUCUACUGCAUUGGAAGCUACCUGGUGUCAAAUCAUCUAGUGCCAUGGCUGGAGACUUCGCUGGUCGAUGUUAUGAGGUCAUUAGCAAGCGUCCAAUGCGUACGCAGCCAGGAAACAUGACUAUUGGCGAAGUCAACGAACUACUGGAUCGUUUGUCCGUCGCGCAGAAAGAAGAAAACCAGCAGCCCAUCGUUGAGGAGUUCUACAAACGUAUGAAUGCCGAAGAAUUGCAGUGGCUGAUCCGAAUGAUCCUUCGACAGAUGAAGAUCGGUGCGACCGAGAAGACCAUUUUUGAGCUUUGGCAUGCAGAUGCCGAGAAUCUGUUCAACAUAUCCAGUAGCUUGCGACGUGUCUGCUGGGAGCUACACGAUCCACAGAUCAGACUAGAAGGCGACGACAGAGGUAUUGGUUUGAUGCAAUGCUUCCAGCCUCAACUUGCAGCCUUUCAGAUGCGAUCGAUGGAGGUCAUGGUGUCGAAGAUGAAUCCAAUCGAGGAAGAUCCGGUAUUCUGGAUCGAAGACAAGCUGGAUGGAGAACGUAUGCAGUUGCAUAUGGUCGAGGAUGAGUCGAUGCCUGGAGGCAAACGUUUCAACUUCUGGUCCCGAAAAGCCAAGGACUAUACUUAUCUUUAUGGCAAGAGCUUCGAAGACCCUCAGGCUGCUCUCACAAAUCGUAUCCAAGCAGCAUUCAGCGAGGGCGUGCGCAAUAUCAUACUUGAUGGUGAAAUGAUAACGUGGGAUCCGAAAGCAGAUAUGAUUGUCGGGUUUGGUACUCUGAAGACGGCAGCGCUUUCGGAGCAGAGGAACCAGUUCGCUAAUGGCAACCGACCACUUUUCCGCGUCUUCGACUGUCUUUACCUGAACGAUGUAGACCUUACCAAGUAUACACUUCGGAAACGACGCGAGGCAUUAGCUGCAAGUGUCACUGAUGUAUUUCGUCGUCUGGAGAUUCACGCCUACAAGGAAGCACAAUCUGCAGCCGACAUUGAGCCUUUACUUCGCGACGUGAUCGCUACAUCUGGCGAAGGUCUGGUGCUGAAGAAUCCUCGAUCGCCAUACCGUUUGAACGAGCGAAACGAUGACUGGAUCAAAGUCAAGCCAGAGUACAUGACCGAGUUUGGUGAGGCGCUGGAGUGUACAGUUAUCGGUGGCUACUACGGUUCCGGGAAACGAGGUGGUAUCCUUAGCAGCUUCCUCUGUGGUCUGCGCGCCGAUGAAGACUACCUGCAGACCCUUCCGCCUGGUCUACGGAACCCGCAGAUGAUGAUCUCGUUCUUCAAAGUCGGCGGUGGUUUCACCGUGGCUGACUACGCCGAGAUCAGACAUCAUACCGAAGGCAAAUGGAUCAAAUGGGACUUCAACAACCCACCCAUGGACUGGAUCGCCAUCGGUGGUGGCCCAACACGACAGUACGAACGACCAGAUCUGUGGAUCAAACCCGAGGACUCGAUCGUAGUGUCUGUCAAGGCUGCGCAGGUCACGGGAUCGGAAUUGUUCGCUUAUAGAUAUACUCUACGGUUCCCGCGGUUCAAGAGGUUAAGGCUGGAUAAAGAUUGGAAGAGUGCGUUAUCAAUGUUUGAGUUCAGUGAAUUGAGGAAGCGGAUUGAGGAGGAGCAACAGGAGAAGAAGUUCAAGAUUGAUGAUGCGAGGAGGCAACGGACGAAAAAGAGGAGGAAGAGGAGUAUGGUUGUGCAGGGUGCAGAAGAGGAUGUCGUUGCAUCUUAUGCUGGUCCUGCCACGAAGAUAUUCGAUGGACUGAGCUUUUUCAUCAUGACCGAGGCGUUGAAGCCGAGGAAGAAGAGUAAAGCUGAUCUUGAGCAGCUUGUCAAAGCUAAUGGUGGGAACGUCGUCGCUUCGGAUAAAAAUUCAGAGACUAUCAUUGUUGCGGACCGAAAUCUUGUCAAAGUUGCUUCGGUGCAGAAGCGCGAUGAGAGGAACAUUAUUCGACCGGCGUGGCUAUUCGACUCUAUUAAGCAGAGUGAGCUUGACAUUGGUCGACCAAGUCUGCUGUUACCAUUUGAGCCGGAGCACUUGUUCUAUACGACCAAGGCCGAAGAUGGAAAUUACGAUGACAACAUCGAUGAGUAUGGUGACAGCUACACUCGAGACGUUGACGAGAAGGAGCUGUCAGCUCUCCUAGACAAGAUGCCGAAUACUCUGGAAGAUGAUUAUGAUGCACAGAAGUUUCUGGAUCAGCUGAACGAACACGAUCAUAGUAUGGACGAGCUGUCCGGUUUCAUGUUUCGCAGCUUCACUGUAUACUGCGGGAGCGAUGUCCCGGGACACAUUUUAAUGUUGCUACGGUUUGGUGGUGCUACGCUCACCUAUAACCUGGAGGACAGCGAGGUCACGCAUGUGCUUGUAAAACCAGGUGCUAGGAACCUGAAGGACAUCAGACUAGAAGUGGCGAAGAGACUGCGGCAGCCAAGGAUCGUGACACACGACUGGGUGACCGAGUCUUGGGAGGCGAAGACUUUGCUGGAUGAAGAGCGGUUCGAGCCUCGAUGA